AUGCGAAACGAAACGAAACAUUCGUGUUUUCUCCUCGCAGUCCGCAUUUCUCCCCCCAGACUACCCGCUGCUAGUAAAUCAAGAACAAGAGUGCAGCUGUCCAACUCUUUGCUCGUGGUUGCUGCGGCUACUCUUCUCGCCUACGGAAGUGCUGCCACGGCGACAGACUCUUAUCAGGAGAAGAUCUCGCAGUUCAUGCCUGAGCAGAAGGCUCGAUCGGACGACGAAGCGCACCAUGAGGCCACGAGACUGCUCCGAACUGUCGUCGACGACAGCGAAGAGAGAGUUAACUGGCAAUCCCUGAAGCAGGCGUUUUCAUUUUCAUCUGAAACGAGCGUGAUCAAGAAGAACGCCGCAAAGUUCGCGAAGUGGAACCGCGAAGAGAAGAUGCCGUAUGACAUCUACUUGAAGUGGAUUAACAAGAGAUAUUCCCAUGACGAGGCGAUGAAUUGGGGCUACCGCUUUGAGGCAUACCAGAAGAACCCAGCUGCUUAUCAUUAG